UCGUCGUGUAUGCCAUGUACUACACACCAGCCAACUCGCUGGAUGAGUGUCUGUAGAAAAUCCGAUUCUACGAUGUCUCCUCGUCGAAUUUGGUGGAUAUUUGGAGUCAGGAAAUUCAGGAUCAGUCGAAGGAUGAGUUGAGUUAGGACCGAUUUCAAACCAGCUUACAUAAUGGCGUCCAAAGCCGUGGUCAAGGACAACCAAACCGAAACAUACGUCAAGCCGGCAACCAUCUUUGAGGCGUGCAAACGAGGGGAGGUCCACGGCGUCAUCGAAUUUAUUUACAAGGAAGCUGCCUCCGACGGAGAGAGCCGAUUGGUACAUCUCGUGGACAGUCGGGAUAACUCGGGAGAUUUUCCGCUGCACUUGUCUUCUCGAAACGGAUACAAUGACGUAGUCAAUGUACUGCUGGAUAACGCCGCCAACGUGCACGUGGUCAACGGCGACGGGGACACGCCCUUCCACGUGGCGUGUGCCUCUGGUCAUUUGGAAAUUGCUAAGUCUUUAGUCGCGGCUGGUGCUGACCCUUACUGUAGAAACUUCAAGGCAUGCACUCCAUUACACGUGGCGUGCACAAACGGACACAUAGAAAUCUGCCGUUUUUUGCUGGACACCAACUCUGUUGAUGUCAAUGCGCGGGCAAAAGAUGGCAGCACCCCUCUCUAUUGCGCAUACGAGAAAUUUCACCGUGACGUCAUCAGGUUUUUAAUCGAAAAUGGCGGACAAUCUGAUAUGAUUUCGAGGCUCCAUUUGUACAGUUUGAUGGGCAAUCUCCCGAAAAUUGUAGAGUGUCUAGUGAGGGGGAGUGGUGUCAACUCUAGAGACGGAUACGGAAGGACUCCGAUGCACGUGGCAAGUUUCAUGGGGUUCCCGGAUGUUGUUGAGGAGUUGGCAAAAUGUGGUGCAUAUUUGAAUGUAAAGGACAAUGCACAGAUGACACCAUUUUUAUACGCUUGUAAAAAUGGUAAUAUUCUUGCCGCGUCAAUUUUAUUAGAUCGCGAGGCAGAUCAUAAAAUUCUGCAAACUGACGGAAAGAAUGGCCUCCAUUUGGCGGCCAUGUUUGGCAACUUGGAUAUCGUGGAAGCAAUGUUGGGCAUCGUUGCUGCAAUAGGUGGCGCCACUGGCACGGAUCGGUUUCUUACCUUGGAGUGGAAAAAGAGAUGUCAGCGGAGAAACUCUUCUGAGAAAGACAAGAAAGGUAAAGACCUGUCGAAGCGGUCAUUGUCGAAUCGCGAUUCUUGGGCGUCGAGUAAGCUUGACUUCGACAUCACAAAGCACGAUGCAAGCUCCACGCAGGAGCUCUGCAAGGAGUCCAAGACAGCACCAUUCCGUAGACUUAAAGACAAGUUUAAGAAACGGAAAGAGAAGAGGAUUGAGUCUGCAGAAGUUGUAUCAAGCCUUGGCGUGUUGAUGGAGUUCUUGGAAUCCGUGGACAACGAUGGGCGCACCCCUUUGCUUCUUGCCUGCGCAUGCGGCCAUGCGCCAGUUGUUUCUGUUCUUCUCGAAGUAGGUGCAAACCCAGACGCCAGUGACAAGGACGACAACUCGUGUAUUCACAUUGCGUGUCAAAAUGAUUACACCGACAUUGUUGUUAAUUUGCUGCAGUCGGGAGUCAAAUUGAACGUGAAAAACAACACUGGCGAAACCCCACUCCACGCAUUGGUCAAAAAUGGCAACAUUGCUCUGGUCAAUAUGUUCAUAAAUCACAGAGUGAACGUAGAUGCCGCCGACAUGCGCAAACAAACGCCCUUGCAUUUAUCUUGCCGUUACGGUCACGUGGUCAUAGCGAGACAUCUCAUCCUAUCAGGAGCACGUGUUUCGUCACGUGACUUGGAAGACAUGACCGCUUUGCACAUUGCUUGCCUCUACAAACAGUCACAAGUGGUGGUGUUACUCCUCGAAAACUCCGCCAGUGUACGGAUUGUCGACGGGAAAAGGAACUCCCCUUUUCACUACGCGUGCCGGUCUGGAGACUUUGACAGCGUCAGACUGCUACUCCAGAAGGAACGAAUCAGUGUAAACGCGUUUGGGGAGUUCGGAACGGCGUUGUACGAAGCAUGUGCAAACGGCCACGAAAAGUUGUGCCAUUUCUUGAUAGAUAAAGGUGCUAAUGCUAAAGCAUAUGGGAAAACGGGUACCCCCCUCCACGGAGCUUGCGCUGGGGAUUACCCCAGUAUAGCCAAGCUUCUGUUGGAUCACGGCGCGAAUGUUACUGCCACAAAUCGCGACGGGGAUACCCCGUUGCACAUUUCCUGCCGUCGCGCGGUGCACCAGCCAGGCCCUUUCAGUACCAUAGAACUUCUUCUCUCUCGGGACUCUGGCCAAGGUUUACACGCAAGGAAUACAGGUGCGCGGACUCCUCUUGUAGAAGUGAUGUUUACUGUCAAAGAAUCGGACAACCUCGUCCAGAUUCAAGGUGGAAUCAACUUACACCGUGGCAGCGCUAUCUUUAAUCAAGAAAACGACCUACACCUGUCAUCAAUAUUGGACAGGUUGCUCACCCACGAUUCGCCGAUUUCGGACGCUAUUUAUGACACUUGGACGAAAGAGGACCACUUCCGGUGCAGAAAUCUGGUGCUUUAUUACACUGUUGCCAUGGCAACAUUAAAAUACAGGAACACUUUUCCUCUUAAAGCCUUGAAAUAUAUGCUAGCUGUGGGCGAAUUUCAGGGAAUUUCUCAAAUGCAGACACAUGCUGGUAUUCGAAUACUUAUUGGUGCUAUGGGAAAAGAGCCAGCUUUACUUGAUGACGUCAGGGGGCACAUCAUCACUCCAUUGCCUCUAAGAUCCCUUUGCGUUGCAAGUGUUCGGCGGCGAAUCUGCAAGACGCGCCGCUGGGUCUCACGGGAUCUUGUGAAUUCGUCACGUGAUAUUUCCGACGAAAUUAAGAGACAGGUUCUUGUGGACGGGCUAUUUACGUAUGCUUAGAUAAUAAGAAACCAAUGAGGAACCUGCACAACAAAACCUGUCAAUAGGGGGCCCUGCAGGCAAGUGGACCAUGGUUGUAAUGAGAAAGCCCUUUCACGGGUCAAUGUUCGCUGAAUAAUUUAUCCCUUAAUUACUCUGCAUGGGGAAAUGGUACCAAAAAUGUUGUUUUAUUGGAUCUUAAUACUAUUUUGAUGAGUUUUAGGUAGAAAAUAAACAAAACUUAAUUUCAAUGUAAAAUGCACUGGAAGUGUACCUUUUAGUACUGGUGCUGCCAUCUGGAUUUUUAGUUCUGCAGGUUACUCAUUAGGCGAGUGGUCUUCUAACUUACGCUCGUAAGGGUAAUAAACGGUAUACGAUAAGAUUAAACCAGAACAAAUCAGUCGUAUCAAAGAGCAAUUUAAUGUAAAAUUAACAGAAUUGGGAGAAUCGGAGGUAAGUUUUGUAGCAGAGUAGUUUGGAUGUGUUUCGCUGACGAUCGACCCAGCAUCACUAGCAAAUACUCCACUUUUGUUUCGUGUUGCAAUGUUUUUGACCAAGACUUUUCAAAGUUGUUUUUGACAAGUAUACGUUUUUGGAACUUGUGACUUUUUAUCUUGAAAAAGCAUUUAAAGGUUCAAGCCGGUUGUUUACAUCGGUGGUUGUUUUUAAAAAAAAAUACUUAACCACGCCACUGCCGUGCUAGCACCAGAGACAAUUUGCGUUUUUGGAAGAUUUGCGAUAAUUGAAACAAUACACCUUCCUUGUAGUAUUUUCCUACGGUAUAACAGACUGAGUGCAUCCAUACGCUAAAUUUAAAUGCAACUUUCUUGAGAUUGAUAUACGCACCGGUUGCAUGCCUGUGGCAUGCAUUAGGACUUACCUUUGGCGCCACCUGGUUUUCGAAAUAAGAAAUAUAUAUAAGUCGUAGUUCCACCUAUCAUAAAACACCGUGUUUUUUCAAGACCCGUGUCUUCGCCGUGUGUCAAAAAACCCGCGGCGCACUUACACCUAUCAGUUGUGUUAGAUAAUGAUUAAUUGCCCCGGCGACAGGGUCGCUGUAGGUAGGGAGCUCUCCUGUGUUUUUUUCCGUUGGAGGGGGCGCAAUACCGAGGCAACUACACCGCGCCAUCUGUCGCCGGAUCUUAGAACUUGCAAUUGCCGUGUUUAUUCAGAUUCCACCUAUCAAAAAACCCAUGUUGAACACGGGUCUAAAUUAGCCCCCGAUUAGCCCCAUCGAGAUCGAUGGGGCUAAUAGACACGGGGAUUUGACACACGGGUCUAUUUAGAAACGGCAAUUCAUAGGUGUAAGCGCAAAAGACACGGGGAUUUGAUAGGUGGAAGUACGACUAUAGUUGGACCAACAGUGAAUGUACAUAUAUGAACGAACGGCGAAUCACUUUUUAAGGGGAAGGAUGGCUGGGUGUUAUCAUCAUCGUUGUUGUUUACGUUACGAUAUCUUAAGGUCUCUAUUGAUAGCCUAAGAUAUUUGCUGUACGAAAUAGAUCGCAGCACGUCAGGUGUGGUCAAUCUGAUUUAUCAUUCAAGGACCGUAGAUGUCACUUAAAAGGGGUACGCCAUUCCUACGCAUAUAUCCAUUUAAUGGAAUCAUCAUACCUAGUGUGUCUUUUUCAAACACCAAACGACACCAAUAGUUAGUCAUAAUUUAUGCAAACACACUUACGCAAUAGAUUUUCACGAUCGCUACAUCUAAAUUUAGGGUGCACUGGGAUUAUUUAGGGAGUUUUCGCAAACCCCCCGAAACGUCAAUGCGAAGGCCUAUCCCAUUGUUCGACAUGGUUAUCGGGAGGCCGAACAAUGCGAUAACGUUCACGUCCGCGGCGUUUCGGGAGAUUUGCGAAAACUCCCUAUUGUCAUAUGAGAAUAUUUCAAGGUAAUUCUUUUCCUCAAUUAUUUCUCUGGUCCCGUCACAGCAUGCAGUGGCAUGUGGCAUUUUCUAGGAAACGAUCGCCUUUGUUAACAAGCCGUACUAGGUCUUUAAUGUCCUCGUGUAAACGUACAUAAGCGUUUUACAGCGCGAUUUACAAGCCUUACAUGUAGCAUGAACAUUUACCAAAACUAAUAUUGGCUAAAAUUUCUUUUGUUGCCUUCCCUUGUCUUGGAUACUAUGGGAGAGUAACGACUCUGGCAGGACUGCAUUGGUCUUCUCCCCUCGAAUAUCUAUAGUAGAUCUCUGAUGAUUGUACUACGCAUAACCUGGGGCAUCGGCAAUUGCGUGGUAGUCCUCUUUUGUUGGCCCUGGAGCUGAUUUAUGAUUUCUUUGCUGUAUAGAAUGACCCUCUUGGGUAUCCCGAAGUAUCUGUUUUUCCCACAGAUGGUAGUCGCUCUGUCUGCUUAAAUUCAAUGUCAGUGGUAUUGACCGUCCAAUUGCAAUAUGCUUGCGUUCUGCAAUAAAUGGGCGUUUUCGCAAAGUCAUCGAAACACCAACGCGAACGCCUAUACCAUUGCGCGAGUUCCUGAUCACGAUGUUGAACGAUGGGACAGGCAUUUGCAUUGGCGUUUCGGGGUAUUUUCGAAAACUCACUAACAACGCCUGUAUGUGGAAGGAAUUACCCCAGCACUGGCAGGUCUCUGUACUGAAAUCGAUACCGGUGUGGAUUGUUUGAGUGUAAAUCUCACUCUUUGGAAACACUUGCCAAUAGAUAGCCUGACAGGUUUCUCUCGAUCGGAAAGUCAUGGUCGCUCUCGCUGUCCAUUGUAUAGAAUUACAGAGUUGAGCUGGAAUGUUGGCCCAAUUAUGAGGUGCAUUUGCCGAAUGAUUAAUUUUGGGCAGAAUUAUGUGUGGUCCUAUUUUUAGUACAGGGACCUUUUUACAACAGUAGAAUAUCAAUGAAUUGCCCGCACAUACAUUAUGUCAUACUAACAAAUUCCCGUGCUCCGCACGGUGUUGAGGCGAGCGGUAUGUUAUGAAUUUGGGUGUUUCCAUGUAGGGCUUACUCUUACCAAUUGAAGGGUCAUUGUCUGUGGAAGUUGUUGUUGAGUUGAAAUGUCAUAGGACGUCUUACUGACUGCUCUCUUCGACCUUGCUUCGUUCUGUUCAUUCCAACACUCCACGAUGACUUCAAUUACGAUUGAAACAUCGAGACCGAUGCCGCAGGAAGGAGGCACUGUAUGUAAUACAUGCAAAUUGUAAUUGGCUGUGCAGGAUUGCCUCCGGCCACAAUGAAAGUUUUGAAAAAUAAAACUUCGACUGAGAUAUUCCGGUAAAAAAAUCUAUGUUUGG